GCAAGAAACCCCCACUAUCAUUGUUCAAGUCUCUAGUAGUUUCAAGGCAUAUUAUAGAAUUGAGUUUUCUGAAAAUCACAAAUCAUUCCAUUUCGCACAGCGAUUUUUACCAACACCAACAAGACAGGUUCGCCCUGUGAGAGGAUAAGAUGGUUGCGCCAGCUGUUCCUGAGAUCACCGAAGAGAUCGUUCACGAAUCCAUCGAAGCGCGGUCUGAAGUUCUAGCGGCUCUAAGAGAAUUGGGCCCCCCAGACCUAGUUCAAUUGAUCAAGCAAGCCCCGAGAAAUCCAGGAAAGCAGAUUGGUGUAUAUCAUCAUGUCACCGGUGUCGAUGCAUCAUCAUCUGCAAGUUUAGCGGCAUAUAUCAAUACCCUUACUUACAAAGAAACGCAUCAGUCUACGACAAAGAUAGUAGAGGGCGUAUAUUGUUGUUACAAUGCCUUUUCUCGAUUGGAUAUGCGCGUCCAUGUCACAAUUCCAGGAAGCGUUGAAAGUUAUUGUAUCGAUGAGCGAGGCGAUAAGAGGACAACGACCGAUGAGUUAUGGCUGGAAACAUACUUGUGUAGUGUUCUUCGGGCAUAUUCAUAUGCGGAUGAUGGAAGUGGAGACACCAUUCGAAAGAUAAUUGGAGUUAGGAGAUUCAACCCAGUGACAACGACGGAGACAGAACAUAGAUUCCUCCAGGCUGCCGAACAGUUGUUCUUUAGAGGCUGGCAACUUGGAUCCGAUUCGAUCGUUCAGGUACCAAAUAAUGUCUCGAAUCAUCUAACAACAGGUCUUCUAAAAUACUUCCAAACCACUGGGCGAUACGCCUCUGGAAUUAAUCUAUUCGAAAAGCUCCGAACCCGAAAUAUUGAAGUUUCCUCUCUAUUAGCCAAGGUCCUGUUUAUGGGCAAUGAGGAGGUACAAGCCGUCAGAGUAUUACAUGAAUCUGUGAAGCAGUCGCCAAUGGAUUAUGUUAUGCUUGAUACUCAAGCCGAAUUUUUGAAAAAGAAGGCAAUGGACCCCAACAAGCCAGAAUUCAAAACUGAAAGAUUGCAGAUGGCCCUUGGUUGUGCAGAUCGAAGUACCAUUGCUGCGCCGAGCGAAUUCGGAACAUGGGCACGCUUAGCUGAAGUUUAUGUUGCCAUGGAGGAUUGGGAGAAUGCUCUCACGACUCUAAAUUCAUGCCCUAUGUUUACAUAUCAAGACAAGGAUGCACCUAACAUGCCAGAGCCUAAGGAAAUCCACCUUCCAACCCUUCCUGAGACUAGGUUAGAUGAGAUCGAUAGUGAGCCAGAGUCAAGGUUAUCAGAACAAGUUCACCAAAGCCUUCUAAACCUACGUGCCGCUAUGUACAAAGGUACUUUCAAGCACGCUUAUAGUAUCUUAACAGAAAUGACAGCAAAAAUUGGCUGGGAUCAACUUCUCAAGAUUAGGAGUAAUGUAUUUGUCAUGGAAGAGGAGUAUAGAAGUGAAAAACAACCACCAGUUGGUCAACAAGGUGAUUCAACUAAGCGUAGUGCAAGCACCGACGUACUGAGAGGAAGUCCAGGUCCUCGUGAAAAUGGCGAUGACCAUUCCGACGACGAAAUAAGUACGAAUGGCGAUUCAGCAGCCCCUAAACCGAACGCUGAGGAUGGUAGCGGAGCCGAUGAUUCUGUAGAGAAGCCUUCACAUACUGUUGCAGCAGAAGAAGUCAAAAGUGGUAACGAAGAUAGUGAGAUUACCGAAGAACAACUUUCCCGAUUCAAUAAUAAGAGACUUUGCGAGCGUUGGCUCGAUAGUCUAUUUAUGGUUCUCUAUGAAGACCUUCGUAUCUAUACUAUAUGGAGAACUGAAAUGGCUCAGUAUCGUGCACAACAGAUGCAGUAUAAGAAAUCGGCCGAGGAAUGGGAAAUUCUCGGUUCGUUAGCUGACAGACUUCAUCACCAGCCGGAAGCUGUUGAAGCUUAUCGCAACUGUCUUCAAAUACGCUUCUCUCCCAAAGCAUUGGCGGGAAUCCUUGCCGAAUUGGAGAAGAGCAAGAAUACCCGAGAUACAGUUGCCAGUGUUAUUAGACUGGUCACUUGGCAAUACAGAUGGUACUCGGAAUUCUCACCAGAAUUGCUGUACACAAUACGCACACUGAUAGAAGAUGAAGGUGCUGUGAAGGUUAGGAGUAUUAUUCAAGCAACAAGCUUACCGCAAAACGUCUUGGACUUGACACACCACUAUGCAGCACUUUGCGCGGCUUUUAGAAGUAGCGGCACCGAAGGAUAAGAAGCCUAUGGCGUCGAGCUCGAAAAUACAAGUUUCGCGUGUCAUACGUGUGGCUAGGAGUGAGAGCAGGAAAUGGAGGUUUUAUGUUCUAGAACUUAGCAGGUUAAGAUGGGUCUGAUAUCCAAAAGUUGAUAAGAGCAAAAGUUCAACUUGACACAAAUAUGUAUAGUAUACUAUAAUUGCUUUGAGAGGUAGAAUAAUCAACACAUUUACUUCUU